GCACCAUAUCACCAUGAGUCAAAACCAGAAUCCUUGGCCGGGCGACAAGUUAGUUAAGCUUCCUGGUAUUUAUUUCCAAGAGUUAACACAGUACAGGAUCCCCAACAUGCCAAGGCAUGCUCUUACGCAGGAGGAAAGGGAACAGCUUCAGUCCUUCGUGGUACCCUCGACAACUUCAUCUAUGCAACCUCCCACAAAUCAAUCUAGCGAACAGGCUGCCAACGGUUACGGAGCGAACCCUACCUCGACGUCGAUAGCUCCUCAAUUAACAACGACGUCGUCCGCGUAUGGUUCAGCGCCACUUACUUCGAAUCCACGAUACCCCACAUCGGUUCCUGGGCCUUCAACAUUUACUUCUAUGGCUCACCUAUACCCGAACUAUGGUUUGUCCAACAAUAUGGGGCUUCCGAGUACCUCAACAUCGAUGAAUCCAACGUUCGCAUACAGUCAUCAUCAGCAAAACAGUAAGUACCGUCCCGGGACAACUGAAAGAUGCAUAUAGACUAACCUUCAAAGACAACAUGAUGGGAAACGCAUCAACCUCUCAGCUUAAUGAGUGGCCGGCCCAGCAGAACGAUGCAAACCCCGGCGUAUACGCAUCUCAGAGCUUCGGAUCCACGAAUCUAGCAAACUCCGACCCGACCCAACAGAACCAAAUCGGUUCGGCUAGUCAAUACACCAGCUAUCCAGCUCCGUUUUCACCGUCGCAGGGUAUGGAAAAUCUGGGCGACCCUGACAUUUCUAUGGGUCAUAACGGGGUGUCGUCGGACUUCAACGGAGCCUCAUCCCCAACCCGGCACGUCGGAGCUCAGGGCUCCAGGGACAGCUCUGACUCGAACACGAACGAAAACCGACGAUCCUCGAAGCCUCGAGACAAGGCGCCAUUCCGAUGGAGGCCCGGCAUGAAAGAGCGCAAGAUCACAGACGAUAUGACGCCAGAAGAGAAGAAGGAAGCGAGCGACUGGAACUACAAGUACUCGGAAGCCAAGAAAGCGCACACACGGGAGCAGAACCGGGUCUCGGCGCAGAAGAGCCGACAGAAGAAAGUCGAGCUACUCGAGCGAACGCGCACGCAAGUCGAGGAUCUAGAGGACGAGAACGCGCGACUGCAGAGCCACGUGGCGGGGCUCGAGGCCGCGAUCCAGCAGAUCUCGAACGAGAACAUGCAUCUGCAGAACCAGAACGAGAUCCUGCGCCAGCGCGUCACACUCCUCGAGCAGCAGAUCCAGGCGCAGCCCGUCCGCAACCCCCACGCGGCUCUGGUCAACCAGAACCAGACACCUGCCGUGACGCCGGGGGUCCAGCAGCCCCAGCAGUUCCUGCAGGCCCCGACGCCGCAGAACCCCGCGCCUGUGAUGAAUGGCGCGCAGACUCAGGGUGGUCUCGAAUUCGGCCUCGGGUCUACGCAGACGCUUGCGGGUAACGGUCCCGUAGACCCUACUACUCUGCAACCUCAACAGCAGCAGCAGUCUGACAACGCCACGCACGAGUCCCGGGAUGAUUUCAUCGUCGAUUGGAUGUCCAUGGCUGAUUUUCCGCAGAACUCGGACCCGAACAGUAGGCCGUGGAGUCCUUCUAACGGUGGCGCUCAGUAAGUCCGGAUAGUGACACUGUGAGGGGCUGUCAAAAAGAAAUAUGGGCUUGGCGGCUGGUUUCCGAGUUUGUGGCUGGGUGGCUGAAUUGCUAUUGAUCGGUGGGCGUCGACUCCUUGCUUGUGGGCGAGGUUGGGUGAAUAAUAGGCGGACAAUUAACUCCGGUGUUGUACAUUAGGAUGCUUCGUGCUGGGGCGUAUUGAAUUAGUACUUGCCUUUUAGAUAGGCGAUGAUUAUGAACACGUCAUUGUAAUAUUGGACUUCGAGGGAUUGAUGAUGGCGAUUAGUUGCGUGCUGGUAUCUUUUGCUCAAGUGUUUGAUUGAAUGAGGUGUGCGAAGUAUGUCCUUGCUCUAAUCGAGAGCAUCGUCGAUAGGAUCGCCUAUGAAACUGUCGUAGGAUAUUUAAUAUGCCGACGCAAUGAUUCUAAUAUUGUUGGUUCAAGUCCAUGACAAAGUAAGGAUCGUCAGGAAGAAUGUGACGCCACUAGAUCGUGAUGGCUAAUGAAUGUUGUAAUGAUAAGAGAUUCAUGAGCAAUGCGAUUUUCGAGUUUUUGAGAAGCGUCACGGUUUAUAGGCGAUUCAAGAUGGUCAACUUUGGUGGAUGUCGUAGGAAAAAUUACG